AUGGAGCAGAAGACUAAGCAGGGUAGUGAAAAUACCUCCACGUCUUUGGAGAUCGUCAGACCGGCUCAGCCGAUCCACAUCGAAUCAGUUCCUACUUCUGAAAGGCGAUGGAUUCCAAAACUUUCUGAAGCCAAACUGUUGAUCAUCGCCUCAACUGGAUUUUUCAUCGACGCAUACGAUCUUUUCACAAUAAAUUUGGUAGUCCCACUGCUCAACAUUCAAUACAAUGGAAAGCUGGGAUCCAAGUUGGCAAACGCGGCGCUUGCCGGAGGAGUACUGAAAGCAGCGACGAACAUUGGAUGUAUUUUUGGUCAGAUACUCUUUGGAACCCUGGGCGAUGUGUAUGGUCGAAAGAUAGUCUACCCGGCCGCUCUGGGCGUUGCGAUACUGGGCACAGUCCUAACGAUUGCUGCGCCUAAUUCGCUCGGCCCUCAAGGCGUAUUUAUUUGGAUGACCAUUAUGAGAAUCCUAAUGGGCAUCGGGAUUGGGGGAGAUUAUCCGAUGUCUGCUAGUGUCGUUUCCGAUAGAGCCAAUAUCAAUAGACGAGGUCUCCUUCUCACUUUUACCUUUGCCAUGCAAGGGUGGGGGAAUCUAGCAGGGGCCAUUGUUUGUAUCGUGGUUCUAUCAGCAUUCAAGGAGUCGAUUCAAUCCCAAGGAGAGAUUGGACAUUUCAAUGCAGUUUGGCGACUGAUUCUAGGGGUAAUUCUAGUCCCAGCUCUAGCAACACUCUACCAACGUCUGAGGCUCCCCGAAUCAGAUCGAAUGACUGAAGUUCUCAAGGAACGCAAGCUCAAGAAGGCGUUGAAUGAUGUCACUGGAACUCAGAACAUGUCUGAUAUAGCCGAGCACCUGGGUAGUAAAGAAGCAUUGGGUGGGAUUCAAAAUUUCCAAGAAUCUAAAUUGAACGCACUGAACGAGUUUAAAGUUUACUUUAGCAAAUGGAAGCAUCUGAAGCAUUUACUUGCGACCACUUCCUGUUGGUUUUUACUAGAUCUGAGUUUUUACGGAAUUGCACUAAAUCAAUCAAUGGUUAUUGCAGACAUUGGAUAUGAUCGUGCUGUCGAACCAUGGCAAAACGCGUAUGAUAACACCAAAGCAAAUCUCAUCAUCACGAUAGCUGGAUUCCUGCCCGGAUACUACUUUACAAUGUUUUUCAUUGAGUACAUCGGACGAAAACCAAUCCAAGUGGGAGGGUUUCUCAUAGAAGGCUUACUUCUAGCUAUUGUCGCUGGCGAUUUCAAGAAACUUUCAAAUCAGCCUGCCGGGUUCCUUGUUUGCUUUAUACUGUUACAAUUCUUUUUCAACUUUGGCGCAAAUACAACAACCUUCGUAUAUCCAGCAGAAAUUUUCCCAACACGUGUUCGUGGUUUUGCGAGUGGGAUCUCAGCGGCCGGUGGCAAAAUAGGCGCCGUGAUUGCAGCUCUUUCAUUUGGUGAGCUCUCACAAGAAAUAGGGACCAGCAGUGUUUUGUGGAUUCUAGCCGGAACUAGCUUCCUUGGCGCAGCGAUCUCCCUGCUACUUCCCGAAACUAAGGGAUGGGAUGCAGAUGAAGCUGAUUCUUUCGAGCAAGCGCAACAACACAACAACUAA